GGUUUUGUGUUUGUUCGAAACUUGUUGGGCCCGAAAAACAAUUUGGACGAAGGACGGAGUGAAGUGUUUCGACAACAACAGCCUUCGUUGACACCGACAUGCACAAGGAGGAUGAAUGAGUAAUAAGCCAAAGAUAUCUCUUUAUCACUCAGUACCGAAUAACGACAAUAGAAGAUCACAAUGGAUUUUGGAGUUGGAGGAGCCAACAGAGCAAUGGGGCAGCAGCAAGGAGCAGCCCCUGAUGUUAUGUCAUGGUAUGUUAUCCCGUGUUUCGAAGCAAAGAUGACACGUGUUCUACUUUUGCUAAUUACAUUGCAUAUUCUCUGUUUUCAUUCCAUUUGACGAAACAAGGUAUAUGGAAAUCCCUUUGAUUUCUCGCUUAUAUUUGACGGGCGCCUUCUUGGCAACGGCGCUGUGUGCUGUCGAUGUUGUUAGUCCGUUCUCUUUAUAUUUCAAUUGGGAUCUUGUUUUUUCGCAUGGGCAAGUGUGGAGGCUUAUAACAAGGUAAGUUGGCCUCUACAAAAGUCGGUAGAGAGUGAGCUUUCGCUUUCGCUUUUCUAACUGGCACUGUGUAAAUCAAACUCGUGUACUUUCUUGAUUGCUUUAUCACGAAACAGUUAUCUAUUCUUCGGCGUUUUUUCGGUAGAUUUCCUAUUCCACAUGUAUUUUCUGGUAAGUCUAGAUGUCCAUUGUCCUUCGCUAAUGUUUUGUGUUCAGCAAUCUUUGCAUUCGAUUGAAACAAUGAACAAAAUGCUGACAGUCGUAUUCCCCCACCCAACAGGUACGGUAUAGCCGGUUACUGGAGGAAGGUGAUUUCAGAGGACGAACUGCAAACUACGUAUUGAUGCUAUUAUUUGGAAUAGCAAGCAUUUCGUGCGUUGCAGUUUAUACAAAUGUCCACUUUCUCGGAAGUGCACUAACUUUUAUGAUGGUCUAUGUUUGGGGAAGACGUAACGAGGAUGUGAAGAUGAGUUUUCUUGGUUUCUUCACAUUCACUGCACCGUAUUUACCUUGGGUAAUGCUGGGAUUUAGCGUUCUACUGGGAAAUGGUAUUACUAUGGAUUUAAUUGGCAUUGUGGUUGGUCAUACAUAUUACUUUCUGGAGUUCGUGUACCCUGUAAUUGCGGAAAUUCGAGGAUGGCGUUUGAAGAGAAUUCUUGUUCCACCUACCCCGCUGCUUUGGAUAUUGGGAAAUUACCAAGAUCAUGGGAUGAUCCAUUGACUUCCCCCUGCAUUCAUGUGAUGACAUUGAAUGGUCAUGAUAUCUCUAGGUUAUUUUAUUUUAAAAAGAUAAAAAAGAUAGGAAAAU